ACCUAUGGGAAGUUUCAGUUUAAUAAUUUUUCUUCUUUUCAUUAUUAACCUUUCCUCCUGCUGUAUUAGUUUUAUGGUAUCUAUUGUAUUUUUCACUUCAGGUAUUUGUAUGUUACUUUUAAUGUCGCCCUUAGUGUAGAAAUUUUCCCUAUCACUGAUGAUGAAGUUAUGUCUCAAGCUCACGAUGCCCCGUCGGUCGAGCCAUGGAAGAAGCUAUUGUGGUUGCUGCCUCAACACCGUCUGCAGGGCAAAAUCAAUAUCCGUGCUGCCGCUGGUGAGAUGGAGACGACGAUUUGAAGUCCCAGCAGCAUUUCUGAUGGCAGAACCAGUUCUCGGACGCCCUCCAUCAGCCCUCACCUAUUGCCUUGAAGAGCAACACCCAACCUACAGCAGCAAGCCCGGAGCAACUCAGAGAUGGUUUAGGGGAAUGCACUCACCAAUCUGGAUAUAUUUGGACCACCAUAUUGUAGUUCCAAACCACAGUCAUCUCGGCCAUUCAUUAAUGGAAUUGGAUCGGAUGGCAAAUCAGCACGGUGGCCAAAAUCUGCUUGCUACCGUGGCCGGGAUGGACAAUCCAACCUGCUUUUGCCCGACUCCCUUCAGCAUCUGGCCAGCCAGACAACCAUCACCUUCUCAUGUAACCUGUUACCUCUCCAAACUUGUAGCACUGCAGAACAUGAAUUGUACUUCACUAGGCUCCCACGAGGUACAUAAGAAAGUUCAAUAA